AUGUUCAACGCACCUCGACGAAUGGGUGGAGCACCUAUCUCAUCAUCGGCAUUCUUAUCUUCACCUGGGUUAUCAAGUUCAGGAUACAACGAUCCAUUAGCCUCGUCUACUCCUGUACCUGGUCAUGCCGGAUUUGGUGAUGUUGAUCCAUGGUCUGCAGUCCCUAGUCCAGCUAGAUCUGGGACUCCUAGGGGUAGUGUCGAAGAGAUAAGAGAAGGUAUUACUGCAAAUACUUCUUCUGGAAGAGAAGGCUUAAAUGGACUCAUAAAUGAUCCACCUGCUGUCUAUGUAUCGCUGUUUGAUCAACUCGAACCCAACGCAUUAGGAAGCGUAUCGUUGGCUUCUGUACAUAGAUUACUUUCUACUUCCAAACUACCAGCGACGACGGUUGAGAAGAUAAUCAACCUCACAUCUCGUGAUAAAUCAUCUUUGACAAGACAAGAAUUCUUUUGUGCUUUGGCAUUAGUCGCAUACGCACAAUCAUCACCUGCUGAAGAUGAUGAUAUCUCAAUUGAGAAAUUAUCAGCUUCAUUACCUCAUCUUCCUUUACCUGAUUUGAAGCCUUCUUCUUCAUCUUCUCUUCCGUCUCCCACCAACCAUAUCAACAAUGAUAACAUGCUGUCUGCACCCUCGAAUGGAUUCGAAUCAAGUGACAUAAAUCAUCCGAUUACACCUUCAGCUUCAACAGCUUUCAACGCAUGGGAUACGGCGCCUCGUGAAAAUGGAUUCCAGAUUCCUGCGUCGGAUACGUUACCUGGUCCAGGUCAAGGUCACAUAUCAAGUGGAUACAGUGGAAAUGGAAGCGCAUUUAGAUCAGAUGGAAUUGUAGAUGAAAGUCAAUUAGGGUAUUGGAAGAAAUUGGAAACGGUGGAUGUGACUCUAAUACCAGAAAAAGAAGGGUGGUUCUUGCAGAAAUACAGAGUUGAAUCGGACAAACGCUCAAGUGGUGCUGUAUCAAGAAGAUACAGUGAUUUCGUUUGGUUAUUAGAUUGUCUCAUCAAACGCUACCCAUUCCGAUUGUUACCAGCUUUACCGCCAAAACGCAUAGGAGCCGAUGCAACAUUCCUUGAAUCACGCCGCAAAGCAUUAAGACGAUUCAUAAAUUUCGUUGUGAAUCAUCCAGUCUUAAAAGAUGAUGGCGCAUUGAAUGUGUUCCUGACAGAACCGUCGUUCGAAUCAUGGAGGAAAAGGACCAAAGUUUCAACAGAAGAAGAAUCUUCCAGCAAGAAAUUGAAUCCUGCACAAGAAAUGGCUAUCCCAUCAGAUCUAGACGAGAAAUUAGGUAUAUUAAGAGGCAAUCUACCUGUUAUAUUAGGAUCCUAUCAGAAAUUAGUCGUCCUAGCGGAACGCGGAUUAGCGAGACUACAAGUACAUUCAGGUGAUUCAAGUAGGAUAGCUAUGAGUCUUCAAAGUAUAGGUGAAACUAUCAAUAAAAGUUGUUUUAGAUGUUUACCUGAGAAUAACCAAGGUUGUUCUUUAUGUCAAGGUGUAAGUAAUGGACUAGGUGAAAUAGGUGAAAGUUGGACUAGAGCAGCCGAAGAAGAUGAGAAAAGGGUAACGGUAAUCACAAAGCAUAUCGAAUCUCUCAAAUCGACUCGCGAUCUAUAUUUAUCAUUCAGAGAUCUGUACAUCAGGCACGACAAGUUAUCGAAAGAUAAUGUCGAGGCACUGAGGAAGAAGGUGGAUAGUAGAACCAAGAAGAUUGACAGUUUGAAGAAUGCUGCGAAACCUGGCUGGGAAAGUGAAGUUGAUAAGCUUGUUGCAGCAACCGACCAAGACAACUCUUCAAUAAGCAAUUCACUGUCACGUAGGGUAUUUAUCAGAGCCUGUAUGUGGCAUGAACUAUCGGUCGUGCAUCAUUCUCGUCAAGCUGCUCAGACGACACUAGGCUGGAGAGAAUUCACUCAAGAUCAAAUUCAUGGUAUCAAGCAAUUAGAAAGUGUCUGGGAGGGAUUGAAGGAAAGACUAGAAGGAAUGCCAAUUGAUUAG